AUGACGGACAAUAUCCCUCUACAGCCAGUUAGACGCCAGAAAAGGCACGACAGUAAACACAGGAAUGGGUGCUGCCCGUGGUCAAGAUGCUGUGGCAUGGGUGACUUCCGUCCCCGCACCGUGUGGCUUGGCCACCCAGAGAAGAGGGAGCAGAGGUACCCCAGGAAUGUCAUUAACAACCAGAAGUACAACUUCUUUACCUUCCUGCCUGGGGUGCUGUUUAACCAGUUCAAGUACUUCUUCAAUUUGUACUUUUUGCUUUUGGCCUGCUCCCAGUUUGUGAAUGAACUACGGUUGGGUGCCCUUUAUACCUACUGGGUCCCUUUGGGCAUCGUCUUGUUCGCUACCGUUGUGAGAGAGGCAGUCGAAGAGAUAAGGUGCUAUCUUCGAGACAAAGAAGUUAAUUCACAGAUUUAUAGCAAGCUUUCAACAAGAGGAACAGUGAAAGUUAAAAGCAGUGGAAUUCAAGUUGGAGACUUAAUAAUUGUGGAAAAGAACCAACGUGUUCCUGCUGACAUGAUCUUUUUAAGGACCUCCGAAAGAAAUGGCUCUUGUUUCUUGCGGACUGACCAGCUGGACGGAGAGACAGACUGGAAACUACGCCUUCCAGUGACUUGCACACAGGGACUGCCCACUGCAGCCGACCUACUCCAAAUCAGAUCAUAUGUGUAUGCAGAGGAACCAAACAUUGAUAUCCACAACUUUAUUGGUACCUUCACUAGAGAAGAUGGAGACCCACCAGUCAAUGAAAGUCUGAGCAUUGAGAACACCCUGUGGGCAAGCACUGUCAUCGCCUCUGGUACUGUGGUGGGGGUUGUGAUUUACACGGGCAAGGAGCUGCGCAGUGUCAUGAACACCUCCAACCCGAAGAACAAGGUGGGUUUGUUUGACCUGGAGGUAAACUGUUUGACGAAGAUAUUGUUUGCAGCACUAGUGGUGGUGUCACUGGUCAUGGUGGCUCUACAGCACUUUGCUGGCCGUUGGUACCUCCAGAUCUUCCGCUUCCUCCUGCUCUUCUCUAAUAUUGUGCCAAUCAGUUUGCGUGUCAAUCUGGAUAUGGGUAAGAUGGUUUUCAGUUGGAUGAUCAGGAAAGACUCCAAAAUUCCGGGCACUGUGGUGAGAGCCAGCACCAUACCUGAACAGCUGGGACGAAUCUCCUACCUGCUAACAGACAAAACUGGCACUCUUACACAGAAUGAGAUGGUGUUCAGGCGGCUCCAUCUUGGAACUGUGGCUUAUGGAAUGGACUCAAUGGAUGAAGUACAGAGCCAUGUUUUCAGUGCAUACACACAGCCCGCCCAUGACCUUUCAGCUUCCAGAGCUCCAGCAGCCACUAAGGUUCGUAAGACCAUCAGCAGCAGGGUCCAUGAGGCAGUGAAGGCCAUUGCCUUAGUGCACAAUGUGACGCCUGUGUAUGAAGCCAACGGUGUGACAGAUCAGGCCGAGGCAGAGCAGCAUUAUGAAGACACCUGCAGAGUUUACCAAGCUGCCAGCCCAGAUGAGGUGUCGCUGGUGCAGUGGACUGAGAGUGUAGGGCUGACACUGGUGGGAAGGGACCAGUCCUCCAUGCAGUUGCGGACCCCUAGUGGUCAAAUACUGAACUUCACCAUCCUGCAAAUAUUCCCAUUUACCUAUGAGAGCAAGAGGAUGGGCAUCAUCGUUAGAGAUGAUUCUACAGGAGAGAUCACAUUCUACAUGAAGGGAGCUGAUGUGGUGAUGGCAGGCAUUGUCCAGUAUAAUGACUGGCUUGAAGAGGAGUGCGGAAACAUGGCAAGGGAAGGCUUGAGGGUCCUUGUGGUCUCCAAGAAGUCUCUGACAGAGGAACAGUACCAGGACUUUGAGGCACGGUAUGUCCAGGCCAAGUUUAGUGUCCAUGACCGCUCCUUGAAGGUGGCCACGGUGAUUGAGAGUCUGGAGAUGGAGAUGGAGCUGCUGUGUCUGACUGGGGUGGAAGAUCAGCUCCAGGCAGAUGUCCGGCCCACCCUGGAGAUCCUUCGCAAUGCCGGCAUAAAGGUGUGGAUGCUAACAGGAGACAAGCUGGAAACGGCUACCUGCACUGCGAAGAACGCCCAUCUGGUUACCCGCAACCAGGACAUCCAUAUCUUCAGACCUGUGACAACACGAGGAGAGGCGCAUCUGGAGCUCAACGCAUUUAGGAGGAAACACGACUGUGCACUGGUGAUAUCAGGGGAUUCGCUUGAGGUAUGUCUGAAGUUCUACGAGUAUGAGUUUAUGGAACUGGCGUGUCAGUGUCCUGCUGUUGUAUGCUGUCGCUGUGCUCCCACUCAGAAGGCUCAGAUUGUCCGGCUGCUGCAAGAGCGCACAGGCAAACUCACCUGUGCUGUAGGGGAUGGAGGAAACGAUGUCAGCAUGAUCCAGGAAGCUGACUGUGGCGUGGGAGUGGAGGGCAAAGAAGGAAAGCAGGCAUCCCUGGCUGCUGACUUCUCUGUGACUCAGUUCAAGCACUUGGGCCGGCUCCUUAUGGUCCAUGGGCGGAACAGCUACAAGAGGUCUGCAGCUCUGAGCCAGUUUGUCAUCCACAGGAGCUUGUGCAUCAGCACCAUGCAGGCAGUUUUUUCUUCUGUUUUCUACUUUGCCUCAGUGCCACUCUACCAAGGAUUCCUAGUUAUCGGCUAUUCCACCAUCUAUACCAUGUUUCCCGUUUUUUCCCUCGUGCUGGAUAAAGAUGUGAAGUCAGAGGUUGCCAUGCUCUACCCAGAAUUAUACAAAGAUCUCUUGAAGGGUCGACCGCUUUCUUUCAAGACGUUUUUGAUAUGGGUCCUGAUAAGUAUCUAUCAAGGUAGUAUCAUUAUGUACGGGGCAAUGCUGCUCUUUGAAUCGGAAUUUGUUCAUAUCGUCGCCAUUUCCUUCACCUCUCUUAUUCUCACUGAAUUGCUGAUGGUGGCCCUGACCAUUCAGACUUGGCACUGGCUCAUGAUCGUGGGGGAACUCCUUAGUUUGGCUUGUUAUGUUGCCUCGCUUGUCUUCCUGCAUGAAUUCAUUGAUGUAUAUUUCAUCACCACAGUGUCAUUCCUGUGGAAGGUGACUGUCAUCACCCUGGUGAGCUGUCUCCCACUUUACAUUCUCAAGUACCUGCGCAGGCGAUUUUCUCCACCCAACUACUCUAAGCUCACUUCCUAGAGAGCGUGUGCGGAGCUUCCUGUGGCUUUCUUGUUUCCAGCCUGAUUGACUAUAGGCAUACAGAGAGAUGUCCCUCUCACAUCCGACAGAGCCUGAACCUGGACUAGAGAAUUAAAAAUGGUGUUUUGCCCCCUUAGUUAUUCUGAAAUGGUUCCAUUUGAAAAUUUAAAGGACAAAAAGCAUUUCUGGUGGUUAAGAUUGCUUGGUUUUAUAUGCAAGAGUUUUAGAUAAAAUCAAUGUUCCUUGCCACAUGUGUUGGAUGCAGAAGCCAUGAAGUACUCUGAUUUGAGAAAAUGUGCAUUACCAGCCACUACUGGUUGCAGCCGCAAAAUGUCUGAUGUCAGGUAUCAUCAUAAGCAUAAAAUUGUUCUGAACAGUGAAAUGUCAAAUUACCAGUGCAAUGAUGGAUUAACAUAACUCCUUUAGGCCUGUCCUUAUAAAAGGUUUAAUAGGUUAUUUUAAUCAUGAAUGCUAUAAAAAGUAAUGAAAAAAAUAGAGAUUAUGAAAACUGUGAUUAAAUUAAUCGUACCAAAUGGUCAGACUUCCUUUCAUUCGUAGAUUUUGGUAUUGAAACAUGGCUCAGUAAUGUAAUUUUCCAGUUAAAUUCUUAAAAUCAAAGCCUAAUACAAAAUCCGACAUCAAAAUUGACAGCGGUUUCUCAGGACUUGAUUCAUGCCCUUCAUAAAUAGUAAUUUCCACAUAGAGUUUGACAAUUAUGUGGUACUGAUGUGUGUACUGACCAGGCACCGCAUUUAACACACGUCUGCGAGUUUGUCUUAUUUGUUUGUGCGUCACUCCAGUGCUGCAGCCCGACAUGAUGGAGGUGGUGUGGUUGUUUUUUCAGCAUGACCCAUGGCGCUCUGAUGUUAAAUCCGUCUUUGUCUUUUUGCGAGAAUGCUGAAUGGCAAAGUUGUAAGCGUUUGAGGAGCCUGCUGCAGAAAGCCACAAACGGGUAUUGGUUAUUUGCAGCCAAAGCAUUCAUCAGUGUCACCCGACAGGCUCUGUUCUUCAGGGGGUGUGUGCCCUCUCAUGUGGCCGCUCCGCAGGCCAACACUGGCCGCACUUUAGCGUUGCAUGAUGAUUCACUGUAGUCAUGACCUAAAGCCAUAACUGAAAAUACUCCGCUUGACCAACGUGCAGCCUCCCCCUUUCCUGCCUUGUUGUCCGACUCAUAGCCCCCCCCCCCCGAUUCUCACUUGCUGCUGCCAACUCCCACAGAUUAACUAUGAAAGAAAAGACAGAUCAAACCCGAACUCCUAUGCCAAGUAAAAUGUGAAUAGCUUCAAUAAAAAUUACUGCACAUUCAAAAGAAGAGAGAUACUCUCAAUCCAUUCUUGAUAAUUCAUUUCACCAGUGCUGCAAUGAUCGAAAUAGUGUAAGUACUUAGUAGUUAGUGGUAAUGUUGUCAUCAUUUCUCAUUUCCAUCUCUAUUUUUGUGGGCCGUUAACGAAGACGUUAAGAUCAUGAAAUGGUCACCCUGUUGAUGUGACUGGGUGAAUCUACAAGUGUCAAAGACUACAAACAAGGUGCCAUAAGUAUAUUCCAUGUGUUGAAUUAAAUUUUCAAUCCCUACUGAGCUUAACGAGCAUUUUGCACAGAUUUUAAUUUUGUACAAUUGAUCUUUUCUUUUUUUUUGUCCGUUUAUUGAAUGUUGAAAAACAUAACUGGUUGUGUUUAUCAUUUAACCAUAGCCAUUGUGACUGGCCUGUAAAUAACUUGUUUGAUCGUUGUUGUUGUUGUUGCUGUUAGGUUUUUUUUAAUUUAUUAACCCUUUUCAGUUAUGAAAAUUUCAUUCUGAUUGGCAGAACAAAAAGGGAGGAUUGUGUUGAUGUUGAUAUAGUGAUGAUGAUCAAUAAAUCUCAUGUUUUCUUUU